CGAAAAUAAAUACAAACUAUUAGCUUUAGUGACUGUAGAACAUCCAACUAGGCGGAACCAUUGACAUGAACAAUUUCUUUCCACCGAGAAUGUCAAGCUGGGGCACCACCACUAUGACCAACCCGUGAUGAUUUUGUAACAUGCAAUCCAAGGGUGAAUUUGACGACAGAUUUUCCCGCCAGGUAUCUCCUGCUGUGAGAGGCAACAUAGGAUUAGUUUAAAGGCUAGCCUUGGCCUUUUCCCCGCAGCCAUGCCAAUCCCCAUCUUCUUCCGCCAGAGCCUAGCCUGCUCUCAAAGCUCAGCUCUGCUGUCCUGUCUCCGGGUUGUGCAGAGCGGAGGCUUGAGGGGUCUGCAGAGCUGUGUGAGGGAUGUGCAGAGUGAAGGGCUAAGAGGGCUGCACAGCCAGACGCAGCAGCAGCUUCUGUCCAGAAAGCUUCCUCCCCGCUUCCACACCCAAACUCGGGGGGCCAAGAGGAAGAAGGGCGGCUGGAAUCAGGAGGAGGAAUGGAGGACCCGGAACAAGACGGUGCUGACCUAUAUUGCUGCGGCAGGGGUGGGCAUGAUUGGCAUGUCCUACGCUGCAGUGCCACUCUACAGAUUGUAUUGCCAGGCAUCAGGGCUGGGAGGCACAGCGGUGGCAGGCCACGAUACAGAGCAGGUGGAAACCAUGAAGCCGGUGAAGGACCGCAUCAUCAAGAUCACCUUCAACGCCGACACCCACGCCAGCAUGCAGUGGAACUUCCGUCCUCAGCAAUCCGAAAUCUAUGUGGUUCCAGGAGAGACUGCCCUUGCAUUUUACAGAGCCAGGAACCCCACAGACAAACCUGUUAUUGGCAUCUCCACCUACAACGUGGUGCCCUUUGAUGCAGGACAGUACUUCAACAAGAUCCAGUGUUUCUGCUUUGAAGAGCAGAGGUUGAACCCUCACGAGGAAGUGGACAUGCCCGUCUUCUUCUACAUCGACCCUGAGUUUGAUGAGGAUCCUCGCAUGGCGCGGGUCGACACCAUCACCCUCUCCUACACCUUCUUCGAGGCCAAGGAGGGCCAGAAGCUGCCUCUGCCUGGGUACAGCUAGAGCUGUGCUCUGGCCCAAUAGCCGCUCUACAGACUAAACCAUGUUCACAAUCAUUGUUUAACGCUCCCCUUGGUCAGGGAGGACACAGAAGAGACAGUGUAUGUACAUAGGUAAUAAGAAUGAUCCAAGAUGUCAUUUCAUAUUGGUUUUGUGUUAUAAAAUAAAUUAUGAUUUUGUGUUCA